GCUAGUCAUUGCUCGACACAGAGGAAGUGCUUGUUGCUAGCGGUUUCAGAGAAGCCUGCGGCGUUUUCAUUUAUAAUGGAUCAGAAAAUUCCUUAUGAUGACUACCAGCUCCCGGUGGUAUUCCUGCCUUCUUAUGAGAACCCACCAGCAUGGAUACCUCCACAGGAGCGCGUUCAUCAUCCUGACUACAACAAUGAGCUCACCCAGUUCCUACCUCGCACCAUCAUAUUGAAGAAACCUCCCGGAGCACAGCUGGGCUUUAACAUCCGUGGCGGCAAGGCGUCACAGUUAGGAAUCUUUAUAUCCAAGGUGGUCCCAGACUCAGAUGCCCACAGAGCAGGGCUACAAGAGGGAGACCAGGUUCUUUCUGUGAAUGAGGUUGAUUUCCAAGACAUAGAGCACUCAAGAGCUGUAGAGAUUCUGAAGACUGCACGAGAAAUAUUGAUGAGGGUUCGCUUCUUUCCUUACAACUACCAAAGGCAGAAGGAGAGGACUGUACACUAGGUGGCAGCAGAGAGAGAGAGAGAGAGAGAGAGAGAGAGAGAGAGAGAGAGAGAGAGAGAGAGAGAGAGAGGUUGGCAGACACGUCAUGGCUCGUCAUCACUCUCCUCCCACAGACUCUGGCCUCCAUUCUGUCUCAGCCUCAGGAUGACUGAUGUAUGACUUGCAGACUCACUUAAAGCCCUCCAUGUAAGAACAACACCAGCCCUGUUAAAUGCUCACUUUCCUUUCUCACCCAGAUAGUUGAGAAAUCUACUGAGAAAUAUGAAAUAUACUCAAGCCCUAAUUAGAUGUUUUUACCACAGCCUAGGAAUUUUAACUUAAAUCAAGUUCAUAGUAGCAC